CCACCUACUUCGCCGUCAUUUUUGGUGCAACUUCCUCCUUAAUUCUCCUUCUGCCAAUCUCUAAAACCCUCACUCUUCUCUCACUCUUGACAUAGCAAACAUGGCCACUUACAAUCUCGCUCUUAUCCUCAAGAACUGCUUAAAUGAGAACGAAUUUCUGCUUGUAAAGCAAACCCCACCUCCAAAAUUCUUCGAUGAAGAAUAUGACUCAUUCGUUGAUUCUGAUCUAUGGGACUUGCCAUCAACUAAAUUAAACGUUCUAGACGGAGAAUUGGAGACUCUAAUAGCGAUUGAAGGCGUGGAGUCGCUUUUGCCCAAGUUCAAUUUCAGGAAAUACGAUAUUGAACCAGCUAUUAGCAGGGUAUUGGAGCAAGUGGGAAUUAAGGCAGUUGAUAAAAGAGACUGGAGAUUUGUCAAGUUAGUAGAGGAAGCUGAGUUUGGACCAGGAUUGCCUGUUCAUACAUUGUACGUUAUGGGAUUCGCAAGCGGAAAUGAGAGUUUACCAGAACUAUGUAAAUGGAUGCAUAUCCAGAGUUGUCUAAACUGGCUUUUGGAUGUCAAACCAAGUAGCGAUCGUGUGGGGCCUUUGGCAGUGAUUGGUGUUAUAAAUGACUUGGGGCAAUCACCAGAACCAAAAGUCCAUACCACUUUAAAUCACCAGGAGUACCCUCCUGGUGUUAUAAUUGUACCUAUGAAAAGUAGGACAGCGAAGCCUUUCCAUACAACAAACUUGAUUAUAUUUGCACCUCAGAGUGUCUCAGCAGAAUGUGGGGAUUAUGGUUUUGUAGCUCGUGGUGAUGCAUUGAUAGUGGAUCCAGGAUGUCUUGCUGAUUUUCAUGGGGAGCUCUUGAAAAUUGUCUCUGCUCUCUCCAGAAAGUUAGUUGUCUUUGUCACCCAUCACCACCAUGACCAUGUUGAUGGUCUUUCUAUCAUCCAAAGGUGUAAUCCUGACGCUACUUUAUUAGCACACAAGAACACCAUGCGCCGCAUUGGAAAAGAGGAUUGGUCUCUUGGCUAUACCUCAGUUUCUGGAGGAGAAGAGAUUUGCAUUGGUGGUCAAAGGUUGAAAGUCAUUUUUGCUCCAGGACAUACAGACGGCCAUGUGGCACUGCUUCAUAUCAGCACUCACUCAUUGAUUGUAGGGGAUCAUUGUGUGGGUCAAGGAAGUGCAGUCUUGGAUGUUACUUCUGGAGGGAAUAUGGCUGAUUACUUCCAGUCAACUUACAAAUUUAUUGAGCUUGCUCCACAUGCUUUGAUCCCAAUGCAUGGGAGAGUCAAUCUGUGGCCAAAGCACAUGCUUUGUGCAUAUCUCAAGAAUCGCCGAAGUAGAGAAGCAGCCAUCUUGAAAGCUAUAGAAAAUGGAGCAAAGACAUUAAUUGACAUAGUUGCCAGUGUUUAUUGUGACGUGGAUCGCAGAGCUUGGAUUGCUGCUGCAUCAAAUGUGCGGCUUCAUGCUGAUCAUCUGGCUCGGCAAAAUAAAUUACCGAAGCAUUUUUUUGGACAAUUUGGAACAAAAUAUGCUCUAUUGGACAAUAAUUUCAAGGGCUUUUCUUUAGAUAAUUUCAAUUGCAGUGUGGUUACAUUUGUUGAUGACUUUGGUAAAUUUGAGCCCAAAUGAGGGAAGCUGCUUUCUUUGACCUGCUCACAACAUUUCUUAGGAAUUUUCGAUUCAGAAGUUCCAAAAAACUUGUGGGCUGCAUUUCCUUGUCAGAUGGACUUUGGCUUACCUUACCGGUGGCUUUCUGUCAAGGUAUAAGAAGCUAAGUAUAAAUCAGUUACUUAUUUCUGGAGCAGUAGCUGGCUUUGUUGUAAUAUACUCGGUUAAAUACCAGUUUAAUAGCAAAUAGAACGGAUGAAGUUGUAUUGUUCAGGAAUA